CAUCUACAUAACCCGGAUGAGGCUGAGCUUCCGGGGUCUGUAGCUGGAUGAGUUUAAUCUCCCGUAGCGACGGAGGAAGAGCAGGAUCAGCUGAACUACUGAAGUAAUAAAAAAAAAAAUCCAGGUUUUCUCCUGAAAUGUAUCACCAACAACCAGGAUAUUUAACAACGAGCAAUGUUAAACUGCUGAAAGAGGUGAAGCAGAAGCCGUCCUGAAGAAUCUCCAGAACACGCAGAAAUCGUUUGCUACAUUCAACAGACAAAUGAAUUCAAAUCCCGGCAUGGAGAAACAUCAGCACCCUGUCAAGGGAUUUACAAAACAGAGUGAUCUUAAAAAUCACCAGCGCGUUCACACAGGAAAGAAACCGCAUCAGUGCUCAGACUGUGGGAAGAGUUUUAGUCGACCGAGUCAUUUCAAACUGCAUCAGCGCAUUCACACAGGAGAGAAACCGUAUCACUGCUCAGACUGUGGGAUGAGUUUUAAUCUACAAAAUAAUUUUAAAAGACACCAGCGCGUUCACACAGGAGUGAAACCGUUUAACUGCUCAGACUGUGGAAAGAGUUUUGCUCAACAGAGUGAUCUCAAAAAACACCAGCGCGUUCACACAGGAGAGAAACCGUAUCACUGCUCAGAGUGUGGGAAGAGUUUUACUGCACAGAGUAGUCUCAAAAAACACCAGCUCAUUCACACAGGAGUAAAACCGUAUCACUGCUCAGACUGUGGGAAGAGUUUUGCUCAACAGGGUAAUCUCCAAAAUCAUCAGCGCAUUCACACAGGAGAGAAACCGUAUCACUGCUCAGACUGUGGGAAGACUUUUGCUCAACAGGGUAAUCUCCUAAAUCACCAGCGAGUGCACACUGGAGUUAAACCAUAUAACUGCUUAGAGUGUGGGAAGAGUUUUAAUCUACAAAGUACUCUCAAACUGCAUCAGCGCAUUCACACAGGAGAGAAACCGUAUCACUGCUCAGACUGUGGAAUGAGUUUUAGUCGGCAGAGCAGUCUCAAACUGCAUCAGAGCGUUCACACUGGAGUUAAACCAUAUUACUGCUCAGAGUGUGGGAAAUGUUUUACUCAACAGAGUCAUCUCAAACAACACCAGCGUGUUCACACAGGAGAGAAACCGUAUCACUGCUCAGACUGUGGGAAGAGUUUUAUUAAACAGAGUGAUCUCAAAAAACACCAGCGCAUUCACACAGGAGUUAAACCAUAUUACUGCUCAGACUGUGGGAAAUGUUUUACUCAACAGAGUAAUCUAAAUCUGCAUCAGCGCAUUCACACAGGAGAGAAACCGUAUCACUGCUCAGAGUGUGGGAAGUGUUUUACUCUACAGAGUAAUCUAAAAAAACACCAGCGCAUUCACACAAAAUAGAAACCAUAUUACUGCUCAGACUUUGGGAAGUGUUUUAUUCAACAGUCAUCAUAGUGAACAGUGUAUACGUGGUACUACCAACUCCAUAAAUUAAGAACAUAUAUUUCAUAAUUCUGAUAUGUUGAACCUUAUUCGUGUUAUGAAUGCAAAGGUGCAUUGUGUAACUCUGUUUAAUGUUGUUCAAAGGGAUUCAUUAAUUUGUCAUUUUUUGCAGGUUAACAUUAAAAAUUAAAUGUUUUUUUAGAACAUAUUGUAGGUUUCUGAGCCUGUGAUCCACGGAUACCUUUACUUUGGGACAAGCAGUUAGCCAGGUCACAGUUGAUAUUGAUAAAUGAACCAAUAUAAGCGCAACCAAUAAAAAGAUUGGAGUCUCCGCGAAAGGCCCAAAGACCAUGGAAUUUAUCAAAGGCUUUAAAUUAAAACUGUACAUACAGUACAGGCUAAAAGUUCACUUUUUCAAUGCAUUUUCUUUUUUUUAUGACUAUUUAAAUUGUAGAUUCUCACUGAAGGCAUAAAAACUAUGAAUGUUGAGUUUUGUACUUAACAAAAAGAGGUGAAAUAACUAAAAAAAAAUUAUAUAUAUAUAUAUAUAUUUUAAAUAGCCACCCUGUGCUCUGAUUACUGCUUUGCACACUCUUGGCAUCAUUCUCUCAAUGAGCUUCAAGAGGUGGCCACCUGAAAUGUUUUUCCAACAGUCUUGAAGGAGAAGGAGUUCCCAGAGGUGUUUAUCAGCACUUGUUGCUCCUUUGUCUUCUUCACUCUGUGCUCCAGCUCACCCCAAACCAUCUGGAUUGGGUUCAGGUCCGGUGACUGUGGAGGUUCAGCUCAUUUUUUAUUAAGUACUUAAAACUCCACAUGUGUUCAUUCAUAGAUUUGAUGCUUCAGUGAGAAUCUACAAUGUAGUCAUGAAAAUAAAGAAAACACAUUAAAAAAGAGAAGGUGUGUCUAAACGUUUGGCCUGUACUGUACGCCUUUGUUUUAGAUAGAAUGAAUGUAAUAAGAACAUUAUUCUUGCAAAAUGUGUAUUUCUACACCAAAGACUGUGUUUAUACGUCAGCGAGUGUGUUUUUACACUUUUUUAUCCCAUAAAUUAACAUGUAACCCCCUUAAAAAUUGUACAGUUAAAAAACAGAGGAUUCUUGUCAUUUAAAUUCACAGAUUUAAAUGACAAGAAUCCUCUGUACAAUUUUUAAGGGGGUUAAAUCAUUAGAAUCAGUUCACUAAAAAGAUUCGCUCAAAAGAUACGUGUUUUGUGCUGAGAAGCUCUGGUGAGUUCAGAUAGAACCAGAUAAAUACAGAUUAUAAGUAAAUCAGUGGGUAUUUCUGUUCUGUAAUGAGCGUAAAACGUUAAUAAGAGAGUUAAAAGGUUAUUAAAACAACCAGAGUGUAAAUAUGUGAUGUAUAAGUUGAGUUAAAGUGUUUGUUUUAACUGCUAAAGCUGUUAAAGGCUAGCAGGCGGAAGCUAGCAGCGAUUAGCAUUAGCGAUUAGCAUUAGCGAUCGGGUUAAAUGUGUAAAUAUAUCAUGUUAAGUGUAAAAUAUGGCUGUUUGUAAGCUUAGCUUGCAGUAAAUCGCCCCAAACCGAAAUCUACAUUGUAGUUUGGGACUUGUAAAAGCUGAUUUUACUGAUACUGUGUUUUAGUUUUAAUAUUAUUUCAUGCUAUGCUUGUUUGGUGGUGAGGGCUAACAGUGCUACUCUGUUUAAAACACGCUGUUUUAUCAGUUCUAGACACAGAAGAAAUGUCUUGUUUCAGUCGUGAUUACACUAAAGUAAACAUUUCAUGCUAAAAGAGACAAAUUGAUGAUGGUUGUAAUUAUUUUCGUGUGCUUUUUACUUUCUGAUGGAAAAAGUAGCCAGGGGACAGUGCUGUAUACAUUUAUUACACUCUGCAACUGUAGGGGGAGCCCACGAGCACAAAAUCUCAAUCCUACCUAGUGGAGUUUAAAGAAUGGGUGACUUUCAGGAGCUCAGAUUAAAAUUUCUCAUAAUCCUCUUUUAUUAUGUAAGGGUACACUGAUAUCUUGGUUAUCAAAGCAGCUGUAAAAUAAGUAAAAAAAACAACAACAUAGUGCUGAACAGCAGUUAGUAUUAAACCUGCCAUUUGAAGGCAGGGAGAGAUGUCGCCUUUUUCAGCGAAGGCAAUCCCAUCAUGCUUUGAGAUUUACCCUGAGAUAAGUGGUUAAUAACUUGGUUGUGUGAACAGAGCCCACGAGAACAGAACGUGUCCAGAAGGAGCUGCUUCAUAAGAUCCCUUAUUGGUUAAAAUGCUGCUGAACGAGAGAGCCGUCUUUGAAGGCUACGACUACCUAGGCAGCUGCCUUCAUAUUGGAACGCAGCUAUAAGCUUCAAUUUCACUGUUUAGUUAAAUGUUAGGGCUGCUUUACACUUUUUUAUUAUUUAUUUAAACACUGUUAUGUUCACAAGCAUUUAUUCCCCAAUUUUGGCUGGACUGUAUUGUGGGGGUGUGGGAGUGUUUCUGGCCUCUAUAGGGGGAGUGUUUAUGAGUGCUUUGGCCUCUAUAGGGCUGUCUAAUGGGAGUGGUUAUGUUAAUUAGAUGUUCAGGUUAGAGGGAUUACCACCAUGUAGGUUGAUAGCAGUUUUAUCCACCUUGGCUGGGUUUUAGGAUUUUUUUCGGGAUAUAGCUGAUUUCACUGUCUGAGCUCAUUUCAGUACUGAAAGGGAAUAGUAAACUUUCUAAUAAAGAGCUUCCUGAAAAAAA